AUGGAAAACUUUCUUGCUGAUUUCUUUAGAGAAAAUCCAAACGUUGAUUCUGGAACUUUCCAUAAGUUACGACAAAACAACCGUAUCAAGAUUGAUGGUCACGUAACACUUAUUCAUAGAAAUCUAUUAAAAAAUAAUCCAUCAGAAGAAAUUAAAGAAAUGUGGGAACAAUGUAAAAAUUUGUGCGAUUUGAAAACACAAGUAAAAUUAUAUAUUGAUAAACUGAUAUUUGAUGGAGAAAAAAUGGCUUUAGUUGUAAAGGGAAUAGAACCAUUUAUCAAAAGUAUCAAUGAGAUACCGCAUAUCACGGUUGGGACAAUUGACAGCAGCGUUAAACCUGUUGGAGCUAAUACAAUGUGUGAAUCAGCUUUGCGUGAUAAAAGUUCUCAUAAAGAUAUAAAAGUGAUUGAGUUUAUUUCAGAAUUAGAAAUUGAUGGAAUU